GAGCGGAGAAGGAAGGAAUUUUAAGUGCAUGGUGACCAGUCCUUGAUCUCUGCUAGGGUCAGGUUACAGUCCCUUCGCAGCCCCCUCCUCAUUUGGUGCCAUGGUAUAAAACCAGCCCAGCAGACAAUAAAAAAGAAGCUGUUCCACCUCAAGCUCGUGCUCUGUGUAGUCAUUCAACCUGGACACCCUCCGCCGAGACUCUUGGUUCCAGCCCGCGCUGGCGCGGCAUCUGGAGGUCCCACCGAGAUCGGAAAGUGAGGAACCAAAAAACCCAUCUGGGUGCCAGAGCGGAAUGUUCGGCCAGUGGAGUCGGGCCCUACUAGCCCUGAUAAUAUGGGUUCAAGUGAAGAACAUCGAGGGAGGCCUGAGAUGGGCACUGGUGAGGAAUCCACCCAUACUGAUGCCGGUAAGUAAAAUAAGCUCUGUUUUUCCAUCCUUUUACUCCACCAAUUAUACCUUGGGAGUUCCUGCAGCAAAUACAGCAUUGGAAAGAUCCUCACUGGGUAAUUUAACGUUUGAUAUAUCCCAUGCCCUCUGCUUCCGGAGGAUUAACAAUAUUUCAGCGAUGCCUAGUGCUUCCCUUUCUGGACCAUGUGUGGUCCUUAGUAAUUAUUCUCUGGGAGACUUCUCUUCUAAUUCGUCUGGACAUCCCUGUUUUGGAUUGAGAGAUAUCUUUUACCCAAUAAAUUUUAAAAGAAAUGUUUCUGGACUCCCUACCCCUCCGAGACCAGCUCCCUUAUGUUGGAAGACGCCACAAUCCUUCAAAUUAUAUUUACCAUUGCCUUGGGGAAAUUGUGCUCCUAAGGAACCAUGGAAAUUGGAGGGAGAUAAAUAUUUAUGGUGGUUUGGUCACAGACCUACCUUUAAAAACUCCUUGGGAGGGGCCUUUGAUUAUUCCUAUAGAAAUCCAAAUAUGGCAGGAGUUUCACCUACGUUUGCAGGCAUGUUUCUCUGUGGCCCUCGUGCAUGUACAGAUAUUAGACCUUUAGCCCUUCAAAGGGGCUUGGCCUUCAAUGCUACAGCCCGAUGGAACACAUCGGACAUCUUUGAAACCUCCCUCCAGAUUAAUUAUGCAGCGGGAAUGAAUUUCUCUAUUGUCAGCCUAGCUUGUGUUCUACCUCCUUUUAUGUUUGUUUCCUUUAAUGGGUCGGUCGGGGAGGAUGGUGUCCUUAAUUGUUCUUCCAGCUCCUGCUUUUUGAGCAACUGCUGGUCCCCGACAGAUGAGUCCGUGCUGAUGGUGAGAAUUCCUGCCCUGGUUCCCCUGGUGGUAGAAGACCCACAUGAUGGACGAGAGCUUAUCUUGUAUAGAGAAAGAAGAGACUUUGGGAUCACCGCCGCAGUCAUUGCAGCUAUCGCCAUAUCAGCCACAGCCGCCACCGUUGCAGGAAUCACCGUGUCCCAGAGUGCAGCUACUGCAGAGACUGUUAACACUCUUGCUGCCCGUGUUACCCAGGCCUUAGAAACUCAAAAUACCAUUAACUCACAUAUUCAAUUGGGGAUGUUAAAUUUAAACCAGCAAACGGCCUUAUUACAGGAACAGAUUAAUGUGUUGUGGAUGGUGCAACAAGCCUCUUGUUCUCAUUUUUAUCAUUCUGCCUGUGUAACCCUUAUGGAAGUGAAAAAUAUGUCCUUUGAGGUGCAACGCCUUAAUGCUUAUCUUAGGGGGCCUUGGAAUGAUUCCUUUGUAAACUUUACCCACUCUUUGGUACAUCAAAUUAUUGCAAUUAAUGAAACUCGUGUUAAACCUGUAUCUGCUGAAGGAUGGUGGAAUACCAUGGCCCAGAUUGGGGGUUGGGCACAGCGAUGGGGAGGUGCCUUAUCCCUGGGGAUCUUGGGACUAGUAGGGAUGGCAGUAGGUCUGCUCCUCUUAAAACGAGUCUUAAACAUCUUCACCCUGACUGAGCUUGUCCACCGUCAGGUGUUACUCAGUCUGACGCAUGACUCUCCUGGAAGUCAUGAAGUGUGGCUACAGAUGCUGAAAAAAUGAGGGUCUCCAAGGACGGGCAACCUGUGGGGAGACCCCCCACCUAAGACAGGGCAUCGGGGGCCCUAUGACGGGUAAGGGAAGGUACUUCUCUCGCAGGACCUAAGACAGGACCCCUCAUUAUAAAAUAAAAUAGGGGGAAUUGUGGGAACUGCAGCCCCCGAGUUGAUAUCCCUGCCCCCAUUUGAGGUGCUUAUCUGCAAGGAAAACAUAAUAAAUUCCCUCUGCUCCUGGAGCGGAGAAGGAAGGAAUUUUAAGUGCAUGGUGACCAGUCCUUGAUCUCUGCUAGGGUCAGGUUACAGUCCCUUCGCAGCCCCCUCCUCAUUUGGUGCCAUGGUAUAAAACCAGCCCAGCAGGCAAUAAAAAAAAGCUG